GGUUUUCUCGACCCCUUACGUCGUUACCCAGAAACCAGAGACUAUCAGACAGUUGAUGAAGGAUCGUGUCAAGGGCUACCACAUGCGUCAGUUCAAUUCGCUAAACCUGUUACCGAGGUCUGGCGUAUUCCUAAGCGAGGGUGACCACUGGAGGCUCAACAGGAAGGCUGCAGAGCCCGCUCUGUCCGAGUCCAGCGCGGAUAGUAUGGUCCCUAUAAUGACCCAGAUGGCCAAGAGAAUGGUGAACAUCGUCUCCACUCUGGCCGACCCUUCCGGUAUCAUCGAUAAUUGGGUUCCUCACCAGUGGUUCCGUCGCUGUACCCUCGACUUUACUGUGGCAACCCAUUUCGGGGAAGACUAUAACCUGCAGAACACCUUGGAUAUGAGGCGUGAUAAGGAGCGAGAGAUUGCUCACAAGGCGGUACAGGGAUGGAUGGACGCGAUUGACUAUGUCUUCAAGCAUAUCUACUUGGCACCGAUCAUGCAGGACAGAUAUCCUUUCAAGCUCAACCGAUCUGUUGCUGAGUUCUACUCGUGUAAGAAGGCCGUCGUGCAAUAUUCAGAGAAGAUCAUCAACGAGAGAACGGCAGAGCUGAAAGCAGGAGCUACUCCUAAGACCAACGUUCUCGACAAGUUGCUCAACAUGCACAAGGGAGAUCUAACCUGGAAUCUUGUCACGUUUAUACUCGCUGGCAGCGCCUCGGCCUCGGCUACGAUGGAGUGGUUCGUCUAUUUGAUGCCGGAAAAUUGGUUCUUGCCCGGUACCACAGAGAUUAACCGUGACCUUGCUCGAGACCAUUGGGCCUUCAGCUGUGGACCUCGCAAAUGCCCUGGCCAGACUCUGGCCGUCAAGGAGUGCACUAUCAUAGCCGCCUUCCUCUUGAGACAUUUUGAUGAUAUACGUUUCACUCUUGGUUAUGAUGACGUUAAGGAGACUAUGUGGCUCAACCGUGUACCAGAGAACUUGAGAGUCACCAUGUCCCUUAGGAAUUAUUGA